GGUCUUCUGACCGGAUAGCAUAAGUUUUUUAUUAUUCAGCCGAGUUCUACCCUCUUUUUGUUGGCCGCUGAAUUGUGUGUUCUUUGCGUCGUCUUGCAUUUAUUUAAGUCAUCUUUGACCAAACUGUGACAGAACAGCCUCCGAAGCACAAGAGUUUUUUUUUUUAACGGUAUAGCCUUAUUUCUGCAAUUAAGCACUUGGAUAGGCUACUCCGCCUCACCCAGUGAACGUUUCGGUGAGUGCCACCGUGUCGCCGCGGGAUAGCCAUGGGGAACCGGGGAAUGGAGGAUCUCAUUCCCCUUGUCAAUAAACUUCAAGAUGCCUUCAGCUCAAUCGGACAGAGUUGCAACUUGGACCUCCCUCAGAUUGCUGUGGUCGGUGGACAAAGCGCAGGCAAAAGCUCUGUGUUGGAGAAUUUCGUGGGAAGGGACUUUCUUCCACGAGGCUCAGGGAUCGUCACCCGCAGACCUUUGGUCCUUCAGCUGGUCAACAACAUAGCAGAGUAUGCCGAGUUCCUGCACUGUAAGGACAAGAAGUUUGUGGACUUCGAUGAAGUCCGUCGGGAGAUUGAGGCGGAGACGGACCGGAUCACUGGUUCCAAUAAGGGGAUCUCCCCCAUACCCAUCAACCUUCGAGUCUUCUCACCCAACGUCUUGAACUUGACCUUGAUCGACCUCCCGGGCAUGACGAAGGUUGCUGUGGGUGACCAGCCAGUAGACAUCGAGUUUCAGAUCAGGGACAUGCUUCUUCAGUUCAUCACCAGGGAGAAUUGUCUCAUCCUGGCUGUGACGCCAGCUAACACUGACCUGGCCAACUCAGACGCCCUCAAGAUCGCCAAAGAGGUCGACCCACAGGGCCUGAGGACCAUCGGCGUGAUCACCAAGCUGGACCUGAUGGACGAGGGGACAGACGCGAGAGACAUCUUUGAGAACAAGCUGCUGCCGCUGCGCAGAGGUUACAUUGGUGUGGUGAACCGUAGUCAGAAGGACAUUGACGGCAGGAAGGACAUCAGUGCGGCUCUCACCGCUGAAAGGAAGUUCUUCCUGUCGCACCCGGCAUACCGCCACAUAGCCGAGCGGAUGGGCACCCCUCACCUGCAGAAGGCCCUCAACCAGCAACUGACCAACCACAUCCGCGACACUCUGCCGACUCUGCGCAGCAAACUGCAGUCUCAGCUGCUCUCGCUGGAGAAGGAAGUGGAGGAGUACAAAAACUUCAAGCCCGAUGACCCGCAGCGAAAGACCAAGGCUUUACUCCAGAUGGUUCAACAGUUCGGUGUGGACUUUGAGAAGCGCAUCGAGGGUUCAGGUGACCAAGUGGACACUGUGGAACUUUCUGGAGGUGCUCGCAUCAACCGCGUCUUCCACGAGAUCUUCCCCUACGAGCUCUUCAAGAUGAAGUUUGAUGAGAAGGAGCUCAGGAGAGAGAUCAGUUAUGCCAUCAAGAACAUCCAUGGCGUCAGAACGGGGCUGUUCACGCCCGACUUGGCGUUCGAGGCCAUCGUGAAAAAGCAGAUUGUUAAGCUGAAGGAGCCGUGUCUGAAGUGUAUCGAUCAGGUCAUUCAGGAACUGAUCAACACUGUCAGGCAAUGCAGCUGCAAGCUGACUUCUUACCCCCGGCUAAGAGAGGAAACUGAGCGGAUCGUCACCACCCAUGUGAGGGAGCGAGAAGGCAAGACCAAAGAGCAGGUCUUGCUCUUGAUCGACAUGGAGCUCUCCUACAUCAACACCAACCACGAGGACUUCAUUGGAUUUGCCAAUGCUCAGCAAAGGACCGCCAAUGUGAGCAAGAAAAGAGCCAUGCCCAACCAGGGACGUGGGGCUUUCUUCCACAGAAAUACUGUGAUCAGACGUGGUUGGUUGACCAUCAACAUCAGUAUUAUGAAGGGCGGGUCUAAGGAGUACUGGUUUGUGUUGACAGCAGAGUCUCUGUCUUGGUACAAGGAUGAUGAGGAGAAAGAAAAGAAAUACAUGCUUCCUCUGGACAACCUGAGGAUCAAAGAUGUGGAGAAGGGCUUCAUGUCAACCAAACACACCUUUGCCAUCUUUAACACUGAACAAAGGAAUGUGUAUAAGGACCUGCGUCAGAUCGAGCUGUCCUGUGACUCUCAGGACGACAUAGACAGCUGGAAGGCCUCUUUUCUCAGGGCUGGGGUUUUCCCAGAGAAUGACCAGGCGGACACUGAGGAUUCCAGAGAGGGCAGCGACAACAGCAUCUCCAUGGACCCGCAGCUGGAGCGGCAGGUGGAGACCAUUAGGAACCUGGUGGACUCCUACAUCGGCAUCAUCAACAAAUCCAUCCGCGACCUCAUGCCCAAGACCAUCAUGCACCUCAUGAUCAACAGCGCGAAGGAGUUCAUCCACUGCGAGCUGCUCUCCUACCUGUACAGCUCGGGCGACCAGAGCAGUCUGAUGGAGGAGUCGGCCGAUCAGGCCCAGCGACGCGACGAGAUGCUGCGCAUGUACCACGCCCUCAAGGAGGCGCUCAAGAUCAUCGGGGACAUCAGCACCACCACCAUCUCCGUGCCCGUACCUCCACCCGUCGACGACAACUGGCUGCAGAAGGACAGCAGCCCCCCCUCCCAACGUCGUCCUCCACCAGCCAGUGCUGCUCCCCCCGGUCGCCCCCCUGCAGUGAGGGGACCCACGCCGGGGCCGCCCCAGAACCCCUCGCCUGCUUUCGGGGCGCCCCCCAUCCCGUCCCGCCCCGGUCCUCCCCCUGCGUUUGGGAACAGCACCAUGGACCCCACCCCUGCACCCCCCCAGGUGCCCUCACGCCCUGCCAGAGUACCCCCCGCACUGCCCCCUGGUGUACCUAGCAGAAGACCUCCCUCAGCUCCAAAUCGGCCCACCAUCAUCCGACCAGCCGAACCAUCGCUGCUAGACUAGACACACACACACACACACACACACACACACACACACACACACGCACACGCACACGCACGCACACACACGUAUAUAUGAACCCAAACUCAACCCACAUUCAACACCACCUCAAGAACUCGGAGGUUGCAGAGCACAAGCUAAAAUCACUACACAAUAGUUCAGAAUAAAACAACUGCACCCAUGCACACACAUCCAUUCACAUGUUUCAUCACACAUAGGCAUAACAAAUUACUUACAUACAUACGUCAACCCACACAACCUGUACACACAAGCACAGGCAUAAGCACAGGCACAAGCACACAUCUGUACCAUUUCUAUGUGUAAGCUCUAGCCUUAGAUUAAAGGGCCCUUUACACCUGGAACAAUAACUAAUAAGAUAACUGUAACUAUAACAAUAAAAGCAUCCACACUGACAAACGAUGUGUUGAUGGUUAAAAUUGGAUGAAUUCUGAUUGGCUGUCAGCUCAUUCAUCAUUCUUAAUGUUAUCGUUUAUGUGUGGACUUUGUCAUUCAUAUUAGCUAGAAUGUUGCUUUUUUGUCGUUAUCCUUAUAGUUAUUGUUCUUGGUGUGAACAGCCCUUAAGUCUCAAUAUAAAUCCAACAUAAAAUCAAGUUUGUAAAAUAACACACACACACACACACACACACAGUCUUAUCUCUUUAGGGACCUAAAAACUGGUGACAUUAGCCAUGAUAUGAAUUCAGUUCUGUCACCUUUGACCUCAUCUCUUAUUGGUCCACUGGUGUUUGAUUAUUCCUCAUAAUAUUCUAAUGUAAUUCAAAGAGGUGACAGUAUACUUACGAUUUGUCAUCUUACAAUGACUUAUUAACUCAUGUUUUUUUUUUUUUUUUAUGUAUAGAAAUUUGUGUUCAAAGUGUUCAACAAGCUUUAAGACAUUGAAACUGAAUUCUACCCAGUGUACUACAUAACUGGGUCUACAAUUUCAGUUGGUGGAGAGAAAAAAAAAAAAAAAAAUCCCUAAAUUAAUGGAUUAAAAUGUACUUCUCCAUAUAAGUGGUAUUAUAGCCUAUAUAGCCUAGAGUUUGGGGGCGGUGGGCUCUCAUGAGUCUAAUUCUGCUCCAGCAUCUGCUGCAGUCUGACAGUCACAUUUAUAUGGCUGGCAUAAUCGAACAUACAUUUCCAUUCCUUUGUAAUAAUCACUCCAAUAUAUUUCUUUUUGUCCUUUUAUUUUUUUCCCUCUCAUUUUACCCUUUUUGUUUUGUUUUCCCCUGUAGGCUACUUCAGAUGUGUAUAUAUGUAUUUUUAUAUGCACCUUUUUAUGUUGAAUUGUGCGAUCCCAGCUAUGCAUGGUGGCAGGGUGGAGAUAUUCCUUUUCCCUUCUCAAAACCACUUCACCAAAAUGCAUGUCAAACCAUUUCCAAAUGACCGUGUCUACUGUGUUGUGUCGGGUGGGAUCUUUCUGAAUCCCUGGCCAUUUUCCCAUAGUGGAAACCGUGACUUCUCCACCAGAAUUGCAUAGUUGGAUACAUGUUGUGCUGAUGAUCCAUGGCUUAAGAGGUCCAUUGCAAAAAAAAAGUUGGGAGGAGGGUUAUCUGCUGAUCCUAGUUCGGUAUUUGCUCUGUAAAGAUCAUCAUUGACAUAGAAACCUUCUUGAAGUAAAUCCUAAAUUGUGUUUGAAUCUGGUCGGGGGAGAUAGUGUGAAGAUUGGGGAUUGCAAGUAAUCACAUUAUAUACAUUUUAAACAACUAUGUGAAGCAGACAUUUCCCUCUUGGCUUUUGGGAUCUGUUUUAUGAUGAUGAUUUAGUAUCAAGCAUGCAUCUGUGUUUCAUCCACAUGUGACAUCCCCUCCUCCCGCACAACCUCUCUACUCCUGUUUUUACUUUUGUACUAUCCUACAUGUAUUCUUUUGAAAAAGCAGCUUCUGUUGUUUUUUUGUUUAAGUGCCUCUAAAGCUCUCUUUUAGAAAUACACUUGUGACUCAUUGAGUUGCCGAACGAAUUAAAAUUAUGAACUGAAAAAUGGAAAUUAAUUGAAUGAAAUUAUUGAUGAGAUGAAAAUAAAAGGGACUGUCUUGGA